UCUUAAACUUCAGAUUUCUUGUUUCACUGUGUUUGUACAUGAAAUUUGUUCGUUGGAAUAUUUAUUUGUUCACACAGUGAGUUAUUGGCGAUUUCUUACCUCUGUAUUCCUGUCUUCUAUUGAUAUGGACGUAAUGGAACAGUUUUCAAAGCACGAAGUUUCAGUUUGUCUUUAAAAUCGACAAAAUGAGUUGUGAAUCGAGCGUUUUUUUAUGUCUGGUCGGCCAUCUUGAUUCUGGUAACUGAGACGGUAAAUCAAUUUACCCACCUCUUGGAGGAGGGCAAAUAUUACCGCGGUAAAUAGCUUGGUAAAAUCUUAAUUUUGUUUUAUACAAUUGAUUACCGCCAAUUUACCAGGAAAAUUACCGCCGGUAAAAUAUUACCCUGGGUAAAUCUGUUUAUACAAUUGGCUGCUGAAUGGUAUAUACUUUACAACCAGCAAUCAAUAAACGAAGAACCUUCAUUUUUUAUGCGACAUUUACGUAAUCACACCCACCAAAUAUACAUACAGCAGAUUACAUGUGUUCAUUUUAUCUCUAAAUAACAGUGCCUAGUUGUAUGAUCAUGGCAAGAAAUGCACAAAACACGACCCUGGUGGUAGCGGCUUUUGAUUUGGGAACCACAUACAGCGGUUAUGCUUUCUCCUUCCGAGACGACCCAAACAAGAUUCAAACUAACCAGAAUUGGUAUGCAGGGGGAGGGGCUUCUCGACUGGUGUCAUUAAAGACACCUACAUCCGUUCUUCUAAACCCCAACGGAGAGUUUGAUUCGUUUGGAUUUGAGGCCGAGGACAAGUACGCAACCCUAGCUGAAGACGAUGAGCACCUCGGCUGGAGGCUUUUCCGCAGAUUUAAAAUGGUUUUGCAUAGCAAUGAGCACUUGACUAAAGACGUGACGGUGGAGGACUUUUCCGGCAAACAUAUGACGGCUUUCCCGCUGUUCGUCAUGUCUAUCAAAUACUUGAGAAAGCACUUACUAGAGGCGGUAACCAAGCAAAAGUUCGGAAUCUUGGAGACGGACAUAUUUUACGUGUUGACCGUCCCGGCUAUCUGGGAUGACAAUGCCAAGAGGUUCAUGAGGGAUGCAGCAGUUGCAGCUAAAAUUGACACAAACCGCCUUAAACUGGGCCUGGAGCCGGAGUGUGCCUCGAUCUGGUGUGAAACUUUGGGUAUGGACGUUAAAUGCGCUGUAGCUAUUCAUGGAUCACACUACAUGGUCGUCGAUCUUGGAGGAGGAACAGCAGACAUAUCCGUACACGAAAGAAACCCAGACGGAACCUUGAAGGAAAUCCUAAAAUCCAGCGGUGGUCCUUGGGGAGGCAUCUUUGUGGAUGAAAAUUAUAUGAAAAUGUUGGGUCGAUUGUAUGGGGAAGAAGCUCUUAUUCAGCUGCGAAAAACGGAAAUGAGUGAUUAUUUUGAUAUCAUUCGUGAAUUUGAACACAAGAAACGAUCUUUUGAUGCUGUGAAAACAAAGCAGGUUGUUAUUCGUUUGUCUGUUUCAUUGCGUGACAUUGCCGAUAAAAAUUCCAUAACAUCUCUAGAGGAGAGAAUUGCUGCUUUGGGAAUUCGGGAAAAUGGCAUAACCCCGAAGGGUCCUGACAAGCUGAAGAUCGAUGGGACAGUUGUCCAAUCUUGGUUCAAAACGCCAAUAGACAUGCUUAUUCGGCAUGUCAAAUCUGCUUUAGCAGAACCAAAUAUGAAACGCGUACAAACCGUUGUUCUAGUCGGCGGUUUCGGUGAAAGCUCGUACGUUCAGGAGAGAAUAAAGAAUGAACUGCCAGGCGUGAGGCUGAUCGUCCCUGCAGAAGCUGGCCUCGCCGUUUUGAAAGGUGCCGUAAGGUUUGGGCACAACCCCGCCAUUUUCUCCUCAAGGAUCAUGAAAUACACGUAUGGGAUAUCAAUAUACACACUUUUUGAUGUAGAGAAUCACCAAGAUAAGGAGAAGGUGAUGAUUGAUGGAGAAUGGAUGGUGAAUGAUUUUUUCUUGGUGUUCGUGCGGGUGAAGGAGGAGGUGGAAGUGGACCAUCAGGUGACCUUAAAGAGUUUGCCCUUGACUAAAAUAACCCUGACAAACGUCUACAGGACGACACAGGCGUACCCCGAUUUUACAACAGACCCUGGAUGUGAACUUAUUGGAACAAUAACGCUUGAAAACAGCUCCGAUGUUCCGUUUGAAGAACAGGAAAUAGAACACACGUUUUUAUUCGGAGAUACUGAGUUGCUGGUGAAGACAAAGAACAAUUUCUCAGGGAAAGAGGCAUUCAUGAUAUUUGAAAGUUUUAAAUAAACAGUUUGCCGGGCGAUGAGUGUAGAAAGCACAUCAGCACAAACAUACGUAUGCCAGAAAAUAUGAAAGCGUUUAAGACGUUUGACAAAACUAUUCAUUAGAAAAGUUGAAAAGUUUUAAAGAUUUUUUUUCUGUACAUAUACAUUUAUCUUUUUUGUUUAUGUCUUCAAUGUAUAACACAUAUACACAUUUAAACACCAUUAAUCCGAAAUCGUCAGAACCCAAAUAAACAUUUUAAAAUAACGAUAUUUCCUAUUAACAAUUUUAGAUAAUAACAGCGUUCACGAUUCAUAGAUGACGUUAAAGAUGGAGUCGUGAUGAUUGCAAUUUUGGUUCCUCACUACCAACAUUUUACAUUCGGUAUGAGUGAUCGUCCAAUAUUCAUUUUUGUUAAAUUAUUUCGUAAUAAAUUACUUCUCCUGGUUUUCGAAUUGUUGCGCCGCUUUACUAACUUUUAUUUAAUUACCGAUCCAGAAAUGCUUUCGCGUUGGUUACCAGCACUUCUCCGGAAUAAACUGGGUCUAGUGGCAAUUAUAUACACACUACAUCACCUAAUUAAUUCGCGCAUUACCUGACAUCGAUGUAUUGAUAUACGCAUGCUUAAUGUCAUUCUUUUACAAGUGCUUCACUAUCACCUCAAGCCAAUGCCGAGUGCUAUCCCGGUAUUGUUUGAAAAACAUUUUUUUGAUAGAGAUAAGGAUUUUAAAACCAAAUCGAAACCUUAUUUGUUUUUUCAAAAAAAAACACAAUUUUAUCGAAACAGAGUUUUCGGAUUUUUUAUUAAAACCUUAGUUAAGCAAAGAAGGAAUAAAAUCGAGAUCGAAAAAUGAUUUCGAAAAAGUGAUAUUUUCGGAUAAACGGUGUUCGGAAUAGUGGGGUUUAGUCCAGAUGUAGUUGCAGUAUUAGGAACGCACUUUAACAGAACAUAUUCGUAGAUCAAAUUAUUUUAUGGAUUGAAUUUCUAGAAAAGUUUUCAAAUGGAUAACAUUUUGCAAUUCAUUAUUCCCCGAUAUAAUUGAGAUUUUUGGAGGGUAUUUAAUUUGAAGAUAACUUUGAUAGCAGUUCAUAUAUUUCAAAAUGUGAAAAAGAUGUCGAAAGUGUAUUCCAUUGCUAAGUUUUUAUAUUAGUUAUAUUCUUUGAACAAUCGAAUAAAACAAGUUUAAGCUUUU